CCAGACUCUGUUGCUUUAAAUCUUUUAGACUACACCAAGCCUCUCAUGCUACCAAUAAAUCUGUUAUGCGGGAGCAACUUGUUCUAAAGUUAUUGAUUUUUUCGUGGAAAUCACAUUUUUGUCUAGAUAUUCAGCCGACUGAUGGCGAAUGACGUUUUAUAAAAUCCUGACAAUUAGUCUAAUUAAACUGACCAAUAGAUUGUUCUCUUGAUUAUACCUGGUUCGAAGAUAGAAAUUUCCGAGGGUGUCUAUACUGUAUUCAAGUUCCUAAAAUAGUUCAAUGAGACCUCAACUUCGUCUCAGUCUUUUGCUUGUGAUAUCGUACUUCCACCUCUGUACUCUCCUGGUAUAUUGCCUGUCUUCCUCCUUCGUUUCACUGAAUUGAAAUGUUUGUUCCGCAAUCCUGAAUUCAGUGUCCACAUUGGUUUUUCAAGAUCCCAAUUAGGUUGGAAUCAAGUGAUCUCUUGUCUAGUAUUGUUGAAACUCAUUCAAUGUAGCUGAAGCCCUGAACACCCUCUUCUCAACUGUCUGUUAAUGAAUCCUGAAUGGAGUAAUUGCUGAAGAAUUUUCUACUGCUGGGAAAACUAUGUGGGAUUUUUCUGUCUUACUGUCAAUAAAAUUAGCUCAAGUUUCAAAAUUCGAACAACCUUUCAGAACGCGUAUCUACCAUUACGCUCUCCAACCCAGGAUGGUCAGAUACAAUGAAUCAAUAGAUCCAAAAGAUCCUCGUCUUGUAAAAGAUGUCGCUCCAGCACAAAAAUGGGAACAUACUGGAUCUAAUUUUGAUGAACUUGUUUCGAGAAUUGUCGGAAUGAUGACUAUUAGAGGAGAAAGAGAGGUAGCUAGAGAUGCAAUGCGCAUGACGUUUCGAGAAAUAAAACUAAUACAGAUGCGGAAAAAUAAAAUUAACGCAAAUAUUUCGGAUUGUAAUGCUAAGGUCAUUAAUCCCAUUACUGUGAUCCAUGAAGCAGUAAAGAACUGUACACCUUUACUACUUCUACAGUCAGUACCGCGUGGUGGUAUUUUAUACAAGGUUCCCGCUCCUCCAGUAUCCGAUUCAGUUGCCAUACAUACUGCAGUCAAAUUCAUUUUGAACGCUGCUAGGGAAAAACCACGUGAUCAACGCAUAUGGGUAUCUCUGGCAAAUGAAUUCAUAUCAGCUUCACAAAAUCAAGGGAAAGCUGUUAAAUACAAAGUUGAACUGCAUAAGCAAUGUGAAGAAAAUCGUGCGUAUGCUAAUUAUAGAUCGUAUUAGCCUAUUUCCUCCAAAAUUUCAUGAUUUUCUACGGGAAUCAUAUGCUUGUAAAUAUCCAUUUGAUAUAAUAGACAUUUUAUUUUAU